CAACAUUCCUAACACCACAGGUUCCUGACUCGUGCUGAAGACGCUCAAAUGAUGAGGGCCCAGGUCGCCCACUUGUGUAGACUGACACUUGGACUCCAUGCCCAAACUCAAAUCCGGCUGCCAUAUCUGUUCGCAGAGGCGUGUCAAAUGUGAUGGGACCCGACCAGCCUGCAACAAAUGUACAGCAAAGGGGCUAGAAUGCUCAGGCUAUGGCAUCCGAUAUAGGUUCAACGAUGGCCUAGCCGCGCGAGGCAAGUUGAAAGGUCGGGUCCGAUCCUUCGAUGAUGAAUCCAAUCACUCUGGUGUCUCUGAACAGCGGCAGCAACCCCUCCCGGAUCUCGUUUGGGCAGAUACCUUUAUCUCGCCUCUACAAUCACCAAUGCCGCAGGAUGCACCUAGUCCAUCAGUCUUCAAUCCUCUUUCUGACGCCCUGACGCUGAGUCCUAGUGAUUUGAUAGUUGACGAUCCCAGUCUGCUCGUUCCGGAUGGCCAGGAAGGUUGUCUUGAGGAAUCAGACGAUGGACAAUCGUCUCUAAUGCUACUGAAGUCUGGUGACUUUUCACCGCAAUAUCUACCCCAGGGCUACAUUGAUAACUCGUUCAUCAUCUCGCCUCCAAGAGAGACCAUCCCGCGCUAUCUGGAAGCCCUAUCAUCACAACAUCGAGAAUUCUUCUCUCAUUUCUCUAGCGCUGUCGCCCCUGUAAUGGUGGUGCUGGACGGCAAGUUCAACGGCUAUCGAGACUUGAUUCUCCCCAUGGCAUACGAAGACGAUCUCGUCAAGUCCGCCGUGUCGGUGGUGUCCAUGUACCACCUCGCCGCUCAAAGGCCAGAACUGCAGCACCGAGCCGAUGCAGGACUACAGAGCAUUAUUCGAAACCUCCGACAUCGAGCGGAUCCGUCAUCCUCCAACGCGAACCUUCUCGACCUGUCUGCAUGGACGACCAUUAUUGUUUUAUUAACUGGCGAGACCGUCACCGGAGGGAAUAACCUCCCCAUCCUCUUCCGGCUAUUACAGCAUCUAGCCGCUGCCAACACACGCGACGGACAAGAUUCCGCCAUGCACGCGUUCUUGAAGGAGCAAACACGAAUGAUGACACUUUUUGCCCAGCCUCUCCUCGGCGAGGUUUCGGGCACAUCCACAUUAUCCGCUCACGACAAGUACUUCGACUUCAUCUCCAACGCCGCAGUCUUCUUCCCCGGCCUCGCACCACAGAUCGCCCUGUACAAAACAGCCAUCCGCAGUGCGUGUAGGAUUUACUUGACGCGCGUCACCAAAGCACCUCCUCAUUCCGAAACCGUCCCCAUUCUCGAGGAACUCAAGGAUCUCUGUCUCAACAUCCAGCCUGGCCAGCCAGGUCAUCAUGCAUUGGUAUGGGCAUAUUUCAUUGCCGCUGCCGAGAGUUCGACGUUUGAACAUCGCAAUUUCUUCACCUUGCGACUUCAGGAAGUUUAUUCGUGGACAAGGUUUCAUAAUAUUCCUACGGCUCUCGCAGCGUUGCAGGAAUUGUGGAAGAUUCAGGGCGAGAGAAGGUGGACUGAAGUCUUACCAGAAGUCAUGCCUGUGUUCAUUAUUUGAGCCUUGUUGAUCUUCCAAUUGUGUCUUGGUGUAUUCGAGACCAUGGAAAGGAAGCAGAACCCUAUAUAUCUACCAUUCAUUUACACUCUACAGCCAUUGGAUCGAUGAUGCAACCAAGCUAUUGCCAGAACUACGGGGGAAUCUUAUCAUUAAUUGUGAAACAAACGUGCCGUUUGCUCGAUUCAGGUGAGUAACAGGGGAUUAAUGAUAGAGACUAUGGUCCGCGUUGUGAUCUGAU